AUGCAAACGGAUACAACCACCACAACUGUACAGCCAACCACUGAACUGAUUCCUGCAUCUGUCACUAGGAAAAAACUCCCCUUUCCCUCGCCUUCAGACGGCCUUUCGCCUUUAACACUUAGAUCGAACCCGCAUGCCUCCUCCUCUACUCCCAACUCGCCACCAGCUCAUCCAUAUCGUCAGCGGCGACGUUCUAAUACCUUCUCCGGCAGGUCGAAAGUGGAUUCUCACAUUAUCGAGCAGAUAGAUCCUUUUCUCCUCGUGUCUCUUCGCAACAUUCAAGCAUUGCCUAGACCCAAGUGGAUUAUCUUGUUGUACGCGCUAGCAUUCUUGGAUGUGGCUGUUAUUUCGGCAUGUACUGCUGCAUUAGUGUUGGCAAGAUCGCAUCCUUCUGAGCCUUGGAAAUGGCAAAAUGGAAGUUGGGACUUGUUUGCUUUGGGUGAAUUGCGAGCAUUGAUUGUUAUUGUCGUCGCGUCUUCAACUAGGAUUCGAAAUUUUGGAUGGAUAGUUGGUGGUAUAUGUGGAGUCUCUACUCUAUACGCGAUAUUCAAAUUCAAUCUUCUCCUCCAAUCUAAACGCGGAACGCAUGGCUUGCAGUGCGCCAUUCUUAUUAGCGCAUUGGUUUUUUCUCAACUGCACUGGAUUACGUAUGCUAUAAUAACGGCGGAUACUAGACGACGGGAUCGAUUGUUGAAGCUGAGUAAUAUAUAUUUUGAGGAAGAACGAAAAGACACUGAAGAGAGAAUCGCAGGGGAGAGGAAUAGCGAAGAGGAUAUUAGCGAUGAUGAAGAUCUAGGUCUGUUAGCUAGACCAGCCGAUUUGCCACCACCUGCUAUUACCCGGAAUUAUGGAUCAACUGAUGUUGGGAAUAAUAAAUCGGACAUCCAUAUCAAAUUUGAUUCUGCAUGA